AUGUUCCAUGCUUCUCUUUUGUUUGGAGCCAAUAGCUCUGUUCGAACAGCUGCUGUUAGGGCUUAUGUUGCCUUUGUUUGUGACAAUGAUGAGGAUACAAAUGUAGUCAAAGCACUUUCUGACCUUAUUCCUGCUGUUGUUAAAGUUUGUCAACAUGUUGUUGAGACUGAAGAUGAUGAUGAUGUUCCUCUUCAAUGCCUUAGCGAUUUGGCUGCUUCAUUGCCCAAAAUUUUAAUUCCUCAUUUUGCGAGUAUUUUUGCUUUGUGUUCAAGCAUUGUUGCUAAUCAAGAAAAAGAUGAAUCGUAUAGACAUAGUAGUUUGGAGGUAAUGGUUUCUAUGUGUGAAAGCGGUAAUUUUAUGAAGAAAAAAGGAGCAAAUUAUCUGCCUGCGCUUAUCCAGCAAUGUCUUCAUUUAAUGACAGAGCUCGAUGACGAUUUAAACGAAUGGAUGGCAAUAGAUGACGCUAAUGAGGAUUUGGAUGAGGAAACUGCUGGAAUUGGUGAGACUUCCCUUGACCGAAUUUCUUGUUCUCUUGGUGGAAAGGCUGUAAUGACACAUGCGUUGCAAUGUAUUAAUGAAUUGCUUGGAAAUGAAAAUUGGAAAUAUCGACAUGCCGGUCUUUGUGCAUUGUCAACAAUUGGCGAAGGUUGCAAAAAACAAAUGGAACCACUUAUACAUGACAUUACAAAUCAAAUGCUCAUUCCAAAAAUGAACGAUCCACAUCCUCGUGUACGGUAUGCUGCAUGCAAUGCGAUAGGUCAAAUGUGUACAGAUUUUGAACCGACUAUUCAGAAAAAAUGUCAUGAAACGAUUGUACCAGCUCUUUUGACUGCAAUGUCCGAUUUAAACACUCCACGUGUUGCUGCACACGCUGCUGCAGCAAUGGUUAAUUUUUGUGAAGAAUGCCCAAAGGCUAUCAUUAAUAUUUAUCUUCAAUCGUUGAUGGUUAAAAUUCAAACAGUUCUUCAACAGACUCUUCAACAAAUGUUAACAACUGGGAAAAAAUUGGUUUUAGAGCAGAUAAUCACAACGAUUGCUUCAAUUGCUGAUGCAGCACAAGAUCAUUUUGCUGCAUUUUACAAUGAGCUAAUGCCUCCUCUAAAAUACAUUUUUGAGAACUCAAAGGGCGACAAUUGUAAAAUGUUGCGUGGUAGAACAAUUGAAUGUAUAUCUUUAAUUGGACUUGCAGUUGGAAAGGAUUUAUUUGGAGCCGAUGCUGACCAAAUAAUUUAUUUUAUAAGUGCUUGGGCAAGAAUUUGUAAAGUUCUUGGACCUGGUUUUGCUAAAUAUUUGGACUUAAUUAUGCCUUCCGUUCUUUUGGCCGCUGAUUUUAAACCUGAAGUAACUAUUGUGGAUGGAGAAGGAGAUGAAGAAGAUAAUGAAGAAUGGAAUUAUCUUCCUAUUGGUGCUAAUCGCUCAUUAGGUAUUCGAACAGCUGGAUUGGAAGAUAAAGUUACUGCUUGUGAAAUGAUUGUUUGUUUUGCACGUGAACUCAAAGAAGGUUUUGCACCUUAUGCUGAACGUGUUAUGGGGAUGAUGAUACAAUUGCUCAGAUUUGUUUUUCAUGAAGGCGUGAGACAGGCGGCAGCAGAAUGCCUUCCUUUCUUAUUGAUUAGCUCGAGAAUAUAUGGCGAGGAAUAUUUACGACGCUCAUGGGAGACUGUCUUUAAUGCUUACAAAGAUGCCAAUAAAAAAGAAAAUGAAAACGAAGUUAUUUGUGAAAUACUUAAUGGUAUUGCCGAAUGUGUUGAACAUUUUGGCGAAACUUCAAUUAUUACUGCUCAAGACAUUGAACAAAUUUAUGAACUUGUUCUCUUUCGAUUGGAAUAUCUUACAAAGAGGCGUAUAGAAAGAGAAGCAGAUCGCAAGGAUGAUGAAGAUAUUGAUGAUGAAGAUGAACAAGAAUCCUUAAAUGAAACAAAAAAAGAAGCAAAUGUUCCAUUUUUUGAUAAAAUGGCGAUUCAUUUUGCAUCACUUUUGGAUCCUCGAAGGCCUUAUCAGGAUAGACAAUGGGCAAUUUGUAUUUUCGAUGAUUUGAUUGAGUUUGGUGGCCCUUCAAGUUUACAAUAUCAACAUCUUUUCUUGCAGCCAUUAGUUAAUGCAUUGAGUGAGAAACAUUCUGAAGUACGUCAAGCUGCUGCUUAUGGUUGUGGAAUAAUGGCAUUAAAAGGCGGCCAGCAUUGUACUCAACUUAUCCAGCCAUUAAUUGUAUCGAUUGAAAGAUCUGAUGCUCGUAGUACAGAAGAAAGUUCGGCGGCAACAGAAAAUUCGAUCAGCGCUAUUGCCAAAAUAUUAAAAUACAAUUCAGCCGGAUUAAAUGUUCAUGAAUUUGUGCCUCGUUUCGUUAGUUGGUUACCUGUUUGGAAUGAUCAUGAAGAAGUUCCAUACGUCUAUGACUAUUUUUGUGAUUUAGUUGAGUCACAACAUCCUGCACUUCAAGGAGAUCCAUCACGAAUUUUUCAGAUUAUUCUGCAUACUUUCUCUCAUGGAGCUUUUGAUGGUGAAUCAUCAGAAUUAUUGGAAAAUACAAAGGCCAGAAUGAAAUCUAUUAUGAAACAUAUUCAAAUGAAUGAACAACUCUUCAACCAAAUUCUUACUUCACUCCAUCUGAACAGCCAUCAGAACGCGGUGCUUCAACAAAUUUUGACGUGA